UGACCGGUCCUGUAUUUUCAAAUUUAAUUUAUUCUCCCAUUUGCUCAAUUCCUAAUUUUUAUGUAAUUACACAAAAUUAAUGUAAUAAAACAAAUACUAUAUGCAAAUUUUGUUUAGUUUGAAGUUUAUUGGUUGAGAGUUUGCAAAAGGAAACGUAAGAAGUAUGGGAAUUUGGAGGCCAGUUUCGUUUCUUGGUAGAACGCUGAUUGACAUUGUAGUUGUAACUGCGGUCAUCUUAUUCAUUCCUGGACUUCCGCCAUAUGUCAGUUUUGAGCCAUUUUCAUUGACUCCGGCGUUGCCGUUUACUGGAAAGUUAGCUCUCAACAACAAGCUUAGUCAUGCAAAACCACUUCUUAAAGAUUCGAUCCUUGGCCCAGAGUCUAUCGCGAUAAGAGGGGAUGAAUUGUACACUGGAAUAAUUGGUGGAAAUGUAGUUAGAUAUAAAAAUGGAAAGAUGGACGUUGUUACAAAAUUUGGGAAAGACUGUGAGGGACAAUGGGAGGAAACCAAAUGCGGCAGACCUCUUGGAAUGAGAUUUGGUCCAAACGGGAGGCUUGUAGUUGCAGAUGCAUACUACGGUUUAUUUUCGGUUGAUGUUGACACUGGGAAAGUGGAAAUGCUAGUGUCAACAAAUGACACAAUCGAUGGAAAGCAACCAAGAAAUCCAAACGAUUUGGAUAUUGGAAAGGAUGGAACUAUCUACUGGUCUGACUCAAGUACCAAUGUAGUGCUACAAGAUGCCACAAUUGAGUUUUUUGGAGAACCAUCAGGACGGUUAUUAAAAUACGACCCACGAACGAAAUCAUCAACUGUGCUAAUGAGAGAGAUUCAUUUUGCUAAUGGGGUGCAGUUGUCGCAAAAUGAAGAUUUUGUACUCGUUUCUGAAACUGCAAAGAGUAGAGUUUUGAGGUACUAUUUAACUGGGACAAAGAAAGGAUCACAGGACAUUUUUAUCGAUGGUCUUCCAGGGUCACCUGAUAACAUUCGUUCCAAUGGAAAAGGACGGAUUUAUCUUAGCUUAGUAGCCCCACGAUAUUCUAAUAAGCUUGGAAUCAUGGACAAACUUGGACCUUACCCACUGGUGCGAAAAUUUCUGCUACGUCUGAUGUGUUUGGUCAAAGCGAUAUUAUCUGGGAUUCAAGCUGUUGGUUCCAUUGAGUACGUUGAUAAAGCUCAGUACUGGUUAGGACACCUUGAACUUGCUGCUUCCCUUUUCCCAAGACAUGGGUUAGUUCUUGAACUGGAUGAGGCUGGUGCUAUUAUUUCGAGCUUCCAGUCUGCAGAGGGAAAGGUUGGUUCCAUAAGCGAAUUUUCUAUUGACGAUGAAGGGAAAUAUGCUUAUUUGGGAUCUCCAUAUAACAAAUGCAUAUGGAAGGUUAAUAUGCUUUCUGUUAAGACUUCACAGAAAAUUCCAGAAUUAACAUUAGGAUAAAAAUUGUCUGAAUGAUUCAGACUGAAUCUACUGAUUUCUUAUUUUUCUCUUGAUUAAUAGUUGUGAUUGUACGACCUUGUAAAAAACAUAUCCUACUUUUGAGACAAUUUUGCUAGAACUUCUUUUAUAACCUUUAACAUUUACAGGAAAUAAAGACCAUCAAAUUAUAGAAGUCAAGUUAA